AUGGCCUCCAAGUUGCGACAACCCGGCAUCUUUGGUCAGCUAUGCUGGGAUACCUACACAUUGAUCAUUUUGGGAUUCCCAGACCGGGCAGGGUCAAGUCGUGAUGACGUCCUGGCGACUCUAGACUCGGCGGCACAACGCGUGCUCGCCGCCUACCCAUCCCUCGCAGGUCAAGUGGUCAAGCGAGGCAUGACAUCGACCAAUUCUGGCACCUACGAAAUCGUGCCAUAUCCGCCUCAUGAGAACAAGUCGCCGGUGCGGCGAAAGGACUGCACGGAGCUUUGCCCUACUUACGAAGAGAUUCUCCGUGCCGACGCUCCUUUCUUCAUGCUGGAUGGCGACAUCCUGUGCCCCAUGAAAGGUAUGGGCUACGCGUACGAUCCGUCCACCGAGCUUCCGGUCUUUAUCGUCCAGGCCAACUUCGUCAAGGGGGGGUUGUUGCUCUGCUUUGCCUCCAUGCACAACGCUCUGGAUAUGAAUGGGCAAGGCACUGUCUUGAAGAUGUUUGCUGCGGCUGGCCGAGGAGAGGAACUUGAUCCUACCCUGGUGGCAGUGGGAAACCAGGAUGCUGAUAGCAUUGUACCGCUUCUCAAACCGGGAGAACCCCCUCGGUCCCACGAGAAUAUGCGCCGCUCGUCGACACUGACAGCCUCCCCGAGUCCGGCCGGUCGUCCCAGGCCGUCACCAUGGAAUUACUGGCGUUUGUCGGCCGAUAAGCUACCCGCGCUCAAGAAGGCCGCGACUAGUCCGGCUGACUGGAUCUCUACCAACGAUGCGAUCACAGCAUUCUUUGUUCAACGCCUCACAGCAGUGCGCGUCGCCGCCGGACGAGUGGCGGCAAACGAGGACGUUCACCUACAACGUGGCGUGGACUCGCGCUCCGUUCUGAAACCGCCUAUCCCUGAUGGCUAUUUGGGCCACCUGGUUGCUAUGGCCGAUACCGAGUGGUCAACAGCCCAGGAACUCUGCGACUCUUCGCUCGCCGAUGCGGCCCUCAAGAUCAGAGCGUCGCUGCGUGAGGUGGACGAUCACUUCAUCCGCAGUCUGGCCACGUUGAUCAAGACCACCGAGGACAAAACGACCAUCUUCUACGGUGCAAAAAACAAGGCCGGCAGAGAUUUCUUGGUCUCGUCAUGGGCCCAGCUGCACUGGUUGUCGCAAUGUGAUUUUGGUCCUGGCCUAGGAACGGUGGAUUUCGUCCGGCGGGCUCGCCUCCCUGAUGUGCCUGACCUGACGUACAUCAUGCCCAAAGAUCGAAAGGGAGACAUGCAUUUGGCGACCAGCAUGUUCCAGGAAGAUUUUGUCGGUCUGGUAAACGAUAAGCAAUGGAGGGAGUUUGCCGAUCUCGUUGGUUAG